GACGUCGGACGUCAUUUCGCGACGGACCUGAACAUGUUGAAAGGCGUUAGCUCACGUUUUUGUAGUUACGCAAGUUUUAAAUGAAUAAAGUUGUAUAUAUUUGUUGGAAACAAUAUGGGGCUUGUAAGACACGUCGUGUGCGCCAUGUCGGGUGGAGUUGACAGCUCUGUGGCAGCUCUGCUAUUAAAGAGAAGAGGCUACAACGUGACAGGGGUGUUCAUGAAGAACUGGGACUCUCUGGACGAGAGUGGAGUCUGCAGCACAGAGAGGGAUUGUGACGACGCCUACAGAGUGUGCCAGACUCUGGACAUCCCUUUCCACCAGGUGUCCUAUGUCAAAGAAUACUGGCACGACGUAUUUAGCAACCUGCUGAAGGAAUACGAAAAGGGCAGGACGCCAAACCCCGAUAUACUCUGCAACAAACACAUCAAAUUCAACCAUUUCCACAAGUACGCCAUCCACACUUUAGGUGCCGACGCCAUGGCAACCGGUCAUUACGCUAGGACAUCCCAGGAAGAUGAGGAAGUUUUUCAGCAGUCGCACACGACCCGACCCACCACACUGUUCAGGGAUCGAUUCGAGAUCAGAAACCCCGCGAAGCUGUGCAAAGGAGCCGACCUGGCCAAAGACCAGACUUUCUUCCUCAGCCAGAUCUCGCAGGACGCUUUACGGCAAACCCUCUUCCCACUCGCCGGACUCACCAAGGAGUUUGUGAAAAAGAUGGCUGCUGAAGCAGGGUUUCACCACGUGUUAAAAAAGAAAGAGAGCAUGGGCAUUUGCUUCAUUGGAGAGAGACAUUUUGAAAACUUCAUUUUAGAGUAUCUGGAGCCUAAACCUGGGAACUUUGUGUCUAUUGAGGACGGGACGGUGAAAGGAACGCAUAAAGGUUGGUUUACGCUGACCCUGGGCCAGCGGGCGAGGAUAGGUGGCCAGAAGGAUGCCUGGUUUGUGGUCGAUAAAGAUAUUGUCACGGGCGAUGUGUUUGUGGCUCCAACCACCAAUCACCCAGCUCUCUUCCGUGACACGGCGCGGACCGACCGCUUCCACUGGAUCGCCUCGGACCCGCCCGCGGAGCUGGUCAGGACCCAGAUGAUGGAGUGCCACUUCCGUUUCAUCCACCAGAUGGUGCUCAUUCCCUGCACCGUGACUCUGAACAUGGAUGGUUCGUUGUGGAUUUCUCUCUCUCAGCCGGUCAGAGCGCUGACGCCCGGACAGUUUGCAGUUCUCUACAAAGGCGACGAAUGCCUGGGCAGCGGCAAGAUCAUCCAGCUGGGGCCCAGCGAAUUCACGCUGCAGAAGGGACGCGAAAGGCUAGUGGCGAACCGGCAGCAGAACAACGAGCCAAUCCCCGAUCCAGCUGGCUGAGAUCAGAGAUCAGUGCUCCGAGUGCGACCGUCUUGGAUCUGCCUGUCUGGUACAUUAGGUAGCACGAGGAGAUGUUUAUAGUGAUUUUACUCAAUCUUUCGGUCUCAGUGGUGUUUAUUAUACAAGGAUAAAACAGUAGGAGGAAAGAGUUAUGUUUUGCUGCUAGGUGCUUCGAUAAAUCAUCUGUAUCCUUACAUCAAAAUGGAGACUUUAUAGUAAUAAGAUGGUUUACUGAGAAAAAAUAAUACAUUUCUAGACCAUACACUACUACUGACUUCUAAAAGGACACAGACGAAAUAUAAAGUGAACAGACGGUCCACUUUAUAUUUAUUCUAAAACUGUAUAAUCUUGUGUAAGUGUAUUAAAAAUGUGUAAAGUUAUUUUUUAUAAAAUAAUCAUGAAGGAACUACGACUCGAAACAGUGAAGUUCUGCAAAUUAUUUGCCGAUGGAAAAAGUCCAGCAUUUUCGCAUGGAGACCAGCCGUGUCGAAGGGUACACCGUGCCUGCAGCAAAGCACGGCGGUGGCUUAGUGAUGCUGGUGGGCUGAGGCGCCUCCUCCGGAUCUGGAGACCUGCAGCGCGCGGAGGGCACGACGGAUCCCAUCCUGGGAGGAAACGUCACGUCGUCCGAGUUAGAGAUGGUAGGUUGCAGUCGUUUUGUUUGAUGGAAGCACUGCACCACUAAUAAAGCACGGUGAUGGUGGAUUGGCGAUAUACAUAUAGAUAUGCUUUUAAUUCACAGGACUUUGGUGCCUUUCGGUCACUGAAUUGCUUAUGAACUCCUCUAUAUGCUGUUGUAUAAUGUGAAGUUAUGUGUCUUGAAAUAGGUCGUAAAGCAAAGCAACUAUCUGAAACCAAUCCAGAACAAAUAUCCAUAAACCUAAAAAAAAAAAACUUAAACCAAGAUGUAAUGAGAAAGGGAGGAUUGGACAUAAAAUUAUCGCUGCAACGUAUUAUCUGUGAAAGUGUUUUAAAGCAAUCAAACCUUGGGGUGUACUUAGUUUUUCCACCACUAGAUUCUCCUUUUUUGUCCUCAUCUCUCUUUGGUACCAAGUGAAACGGUUUCAUUUUAAUUGUAGAUUUAAAGUGAGAUACAGAUCAGGAUGUUUGUAUGAAAUGUUCUGAUAAAUCUGAACUGUAAAUUUCUGUGCUUUCUGGCUCUAAAAUAACUUUUUGGCGUUUUAGAAAAACGUCCAGUCAAUUGGCAUAUAAUCUGCUCACUUUCAUGGUAGUGUUUCUUUCUGCGAUGUCACAGAUGUAACAAACGGAGCUCAUAAAAAUGACUCAAUAAAACUGAAUGUUUACGGGGUAACCCGGUUCCUGUUCCGAAGACGCAAGUUAUCCUGCUUGGAAACAAACUGUCUUUUUUUUUUUCUGUCUUUUUUUCCCUUUCUACUUUUUGUAUGCAUUAGUCUAUCAAACCACAAGGGGGGGCUGUGACACAAGAUUCCCAACUGAAACUUUAGUUUGGCAAGAGCGCGUUCUAUUUUUAAUGCAGUUUUAGAGAUUUUUUUUUCUAUUAUUAAUCCGUCACUAAAAAAAACACAAAGACUCUUUGCAAAACUGCAGAAAUCGAAUAAAGCAAAGUAUAAUUAAGUUACCCUAAGUCUUCAUUAUUUUACAAAUCUUUGAGCCAAAUAUGUGAUCCUGGUUUUAUUUCAGAGCAGAGCCAGGAGGGAGUUGUGUAAAAGUAUAAACAUUAAUGAUUAAACCAGCGGUGCUAGUCCUUUUCCCUUUUAAUAUAAUAUACAUUUUUAUCAGUGGAUAAAAAUGUAUAUUAUGCAUAUAAUCCAGUCUAGCCUGGGGCGUCGUUGACCUCUUCCACCCCAUGGUGGCGCCACUGAUCCUCUGUUCUUGUCACGGAAAGUUGUCAAGUUUUAUUCUAGGAUUUAUUUGUAACACCAGUGUGGAUGAAAUGUGUCCCCAACGCAGCAACAGACAAUACAUUCAAAUAAAAAUGUUAAAUUGUGAGUUUCAACAUAA